UGCUACAACUUGUGGCAAACCAGGGCAUCUGGCUUGUGACUGUGACCAUGCAGAUGAGCAGAAGUGCUAUUCUUGUGGAUAAUUUGGACACAUUCAAAAAGACUGCACCUAAGUUAAGUGCUAUAGGUGUAGUGAAACUGAUCAUGUAGCCAUCAACGACAGCAACAUAAAUGAAGUCAAUUGUGGUUAUUGCUAUGUUUUGAGCAGUUCAGAUCUUAAGACACGCCCACAUCACUCAGGAAACUACCGGAAAUAGAAUAUAGAGGAAAGUAAAGGGUUUCACCCGCUUCCAGCCGUGGAGCAACAACCAGAAGAGCAUUUCUUGAUUCCUGUCAUCCCCAACUAAGUCUGGCUGGGCUUUUCAUUGCGCGUGUGCAAGUCCCGCCCCACCCCGGAAGUUAACCGUUGACGAAAAAUCAAGUAUUUAAAUCCUCCCGAACCUGAUCCGGUAACACCAGUGGCGCACUCAUUUCGUCAAGGAGGAUUGGAAUUGGUCGAGCGCUGGACCGAUGCAGGGCGCUGAUUGGCUGGCGCACCAGCACGUCGCGGAGACAGUGCGAGACUCCUCCAACACCGCCCCUGUUUCCUGAUGGGCCGGGUUUCUGACCAGUCAGCAGACGCGGCGCGGGCUUCGGUUUCGCGAGCUUGUGUUUGCCGCCUUGGUUCCCGCGACCCCAACGUCCCAGGGCGGGGUUGGCGGAGGCGCUCCUUGGAGCCGACCUGUGUUUCGGCUCACCAAACAGACCCCGGCUCGGCGGAGUUUGUGUAAUAUUUUCAUCUUGAGGAUACUGAGCAUUUGAAAUUGAAUAAAUCCUUCACCAACUAUCAUGGAGACUCCGUAUCCUCUUGCAGGGCCCCAGAUGAAUACCAGGUUUCCUUCAAGCAGGAUGGUACCUUUUUACUUUCCUCCAUCAAAAUAUGCACUUUGGAACCCAAUGCCAACUGGAGAUUUCAUCUACUUACAUCUUAAUUACUACAGAAAUCCAAAGGUUGUGGUAACUGAAAAGACCAUCCGACUUGCUUGUCGUCAUGCUAAACAGAAUAAAAUAAACAUAUCAUGCUUUUUACUUGGUUCUCUCACAGUAGAUGAAGAUGAAGAAAGUGUGAUAUUGACAGUAGAUCGCUUUGAUCCUGGUCGAGAAGUACCUGAAUGCUUAGAAAGAACACCUACUGCUUCUCUUCCUGGGGACUUUGUGAUUCCAUGCAAAGUUCAUACUCAAGGACUUUGUUCAAGAGAAGUAAUAGUUCAUAAUGCAGAUGACUUCAGUUCAGCUUUUAAGGCUCUGCAGCACCAUGUAUGUAGCAAAGAUUCCUUGGAUUGUGGGAAACUUCUUUCCCUAAGAGUUCACCUCACUUCCAGGGAAAGUUUGGACAAGGUGGAUUUUGACUUGCAUUGGACAGCAGUAACUUUAGCAAAUACCUUUAAAUGUACACCUGUGAAGCCCAUCCCCAUUAUUCCAACAGCUCUGGCAAGAAACUUGAGCAGCAAUCUGAAUAUUUCUCAAGUUCAGGGUACCUAUAAAUAUGGAUAUCUUACCAUGGAUGAAACACGCAAAUUGUUACUUUUGCUGGAAUCUGAUCCCAAGGUUUAUUCUCUACCAUUAGUGGGAAUUUGGCUAUCUGGCAUUAUACAUAUCUAUAGUCCUCAGGUAUGGGCUUGCUGUUUGCGAUACAUGUUCAGUUCUUCUAUUCAAGAAAGGGUUUUUUCAGAAUCUGGAAAUUUCAUUAUAGUUCUCUAUUCUGUGACACAUAAGGAUCCUGAGUUUUAUCAGUGCCUCCCUUGUGAUGGUAGGUUACCUGACCUUCAGUUCCAGCUACUAACCAGCAAGGAAACAUUACAUCUUUUCAAAAAUGUUGAACCUUCUGACAAGAAUCCAAUCCAUUUUGAACUGAGUGCUGAAAGCCAAAAUGCAGAAGCAGAGUUUUUCAACAAAGUUUCCAAGAAUCUUUCAAUUAAGAGGUCUUCCCAAAAGUUAUCUCCAGGGAAAAUGCCAAUAAAUGAUCAUGACUCUGGUGUUGAAGAUGAAGAUUUUUCUCCAAGACCAAUUCCUAGUCCUCAUCCAGUGAGUCAGAAGAUUUCUAAGAUCCAACCAUCAGUACCAGAACUUUCACUUGUGUUCGAUAGCAAUUACAUAGACUCAAACCCACUGCCUAAUCCUUUGGAAAUGGUGAAUAAUGAAAACCCUCCUUUGUUGAUUAGUCACUCCGAACACUUGGAGCCAUUGCAACCCCAGCUUUAUGAUGAGAAACACAGCCCAGAAGCCGAAGCUGGAGACUCUUCCUUGAAAAGGCUACCAAAACAGUUAAACCAGGGCACUACUCCUUUGAGACACUGCAAAGUAGGAGAGCCACCUACCUGUAAGAAUGGGAGCCCCCAUAUCAGGAACAGCAUUAAACCAUCUUCUCUUAAUGGGCCAUCUCCUGAUACAUCUGAAAAGCUUCAAACAGUUUCUUCUGGAAAUGUGCACAAAGAAGAGUACCCUAUAAGAUUUUCCACAGUUAAUGCCAGGCAACCUUCUCUUGCCCCACAGUCCCACCCACACAAUUUGUUUUUUUCACCCCAUAAUUCAGGAAAACCGGUGGAAUUUCAAAUACCUACUCCCCCACCACCAUCUUACUAUUCCACAAAUGUUUGCAGUUGUUGUCAGCAUCAUGGCCAUAUACACUAUAGUCCAAUAAAUUCUUGGCAAGGAUUGAAUACAGUAGGAUCCAUUCCAGACCUCCAGUCUGAAGCCCUUCAAAAACAUUCAGUAUUUCACUCAAGUGGUUGUCCAGCUCUGUACCAUAAUGCAUUCUAUUCUUCAAGUAGUCCUAUACCCUUGAGACCUCAAGGAAGCAUGGGUGGUGGUUCUCCCCACAGCAAUGUAGAACCGUCGCCUGUGGCAAGACUAUCUUCACAUGGGGACUCCUGUAACCUGAAGCCUUGUGCAGUUUGCAUGCACACAACCAAGACUGGGUCAGAUAAUGGAAUGAUGGGGCUGUCUCCGGAUGCAUAUAGGUUCCUCACAGAGCAAGACCGACAGCUGAGACUACUUCAGGCACAGAUUCAACGUUUAUUGGAAGCACAGUCUCUUCAGCCCUGUUCCCCUAAUACAGCCAUUGUUGAAGACACGGGGCAUACUGCAAAACAAAUGGAGUUGGUUUCUGUGGAAGCACAGUCUUCUCCUGGUUUGCACAUGAGUAAAAGUGUAAGCAUUGCUGUGAGCACAGGUGCCAGCUUGUUUUGGAAUGCAGCAGGUGAUGAUCAAGAGGCUGAAUCUCAGCUGAAGCAAGAUGAUACCAAGCUUUCCAGUGAGGACAUGAAUUUUUCUGUUAAUAUUAAUAAUGAAGUCACAAGUCCUCCAGGUAGUGCAUCUUCAUUAAAAGCAGUUGAUAUUCCCAGUUUUGAAGACAGCAACAUCGCUGUGGAAGAAUUCAGUCAGCCACUUUCAGUAUCCAACAGCUCUUCUCCGGUUAUGAGAGAAGAACCUGACAUGCCUGUGCUCUUUCCGAAUUCCCCGCUGGCAGAGAAUGUAAGCAUGUGCUUACAGCAUGGACCAACAGAGGGUGCUAGUAACAACUCUGUAACAUCAGGGGAACCAAAAGUCGAGCAAGUAUUGCAACCCUUGCCUCAUCAACCAUCAGAUAACCAGAAAAUAUACCAGGAUUUAUUGGGUCAAGUGAACCACCUAUUAAAUAACUCCUCUAAAGAAACUGAGCAACCAUCUACCAAAGCAGUAAUUAUCAGCCAUGAAUGCACCAGAACCCAAAAUGUUUACCAUACAAAGAAAAAAAAGCAUGAUUCAGGACCAGUGGACAAAGACUGUGUUCUUAAUGCAACCCUUAAGCAACUAAGAAGCCUUGGAGUAAAAAUUGAUUCUCCCACUAAAGUGAAGAAAAAUGCACAUAAAGUGGAUCAUGCCAGUGUGUUGGCAUGCAUCAGCCCUGAAGCAGUGAUCUCUGGAUUAAACUACAUGUCAUUUGCUAAUGUUGGCAUGAGUGGCUUAAGCCCCAAUGGUGUGGAUUUGAGCAUGGAGGCAAAUGCUAUAGCUCUGAAAUAUUUAAAUGAAAAUCAGCUGUCACAACUGUCUCUCACUCGAUCAAACCAAAAUAACUGUGACUCAUCUUUUAGCCUUCUACAUAUAAAUACAGACAGAAGCACAGUGGGGCUUAGUUUAAUUUCACCAAACAACAUGUCACUUGCAACCAAAAAAUAUAUGAAGAGAUAUGGACUCAUACAAAGCAGUGACAAUAGUGAAGAUGAAGAGGAGCCUUUGAACAACUCAGAUGACAAGAGUGAACAUUUACUAAAUCAAAACCUCACAUCCAUCCCCGAACAACCUGAUUGUCAGAAGGAGCCGUCCAGGGGUGCCUGCAAAAUAAUUAAUUAUUAUAACUGUGAAUCCGUGGGCACCCACACAGAUUCGUCCGUAUUAAGAAAUAUUACAAAUGAAGUUGUGCGGUCAAAACCAACACAGCGGUUGAAUGAAAACCCAACAUUCUUAUUAACGAACCUAAAACCAAGUCCUGCAAUGAAACUCCGAACUGGAAAGUCAGAAUUUACCCAACACCCUGAAAAAGAAAAUGAAAGGGACCCUCCAGUUUUUCCUGAAAGUUUGAAACCUUCUGAAACUUCAAAGCAAAUGAAUAGUAUGAAUUCCGUAGGCACCUUCUUAGAUGUAAAGCAUCUCAGACAGUUGCCAAAAUUAUUUUAAACCCUUUAACUCCCUGCCCUCUUGAUAGGAGGACAGGGUGUCUUCUGAAGGUACUCGGAGAAGCCAGAGCUUUCGGUAGUUUUGGGAUUCCUAAUCAUUCUAGGGGUCACCCUGUUUCUUGGUAGCAGCUGAUUGCAAAGAGCUGAACAAGUGACCUGAUUGUUUAUGAAAUGGCUGGCUAGUAGGAGGAGGGCUAAGUUAAGUUCUCUUUGUUUCAGUAGAGCUGUUCAGUGUCACUGAAACCUUUUUUUAAAAAAAUAAACCCUGAGAUCAGUUAUUUGAACAAAUUUAGGUAAACAGACACUAUCCAGCACGGAAUCUGAACUGCUCUUUAUACUGUACAUUUUGAAAAGUAAGUCUGUUUUCCUAGCAUGUUGCAUCUCUGCAUCUACCCAGGAUCACCUAAAAGAACAUAAAGUUAUCAUGACCCUGACUAAAUUGGCUAAGUCAACCCUUAUUGAAUUUAAGGGGAAAGUUUUAUUUUUUUUAAUAAUUUAAGAUCUUUUAUACAAGGAGUGUGUAUGUCUUCUUAAGAUGCAUAUUUGUUAAAUUCUGUGGAAGUAAAACUUUUGCAUUCGGGUGGGUUGAUGUUAGUGUAACGUUUUCAGCAUAUAGCACUAUCACAGAAUAAGAACAUUGGAUAUGAGUGUGUUUUGUAAACUUUGUGAGUUUUUCAAAUGUUUUAAUUUUUUAAUAGAACUACAAUGUCUAUUAAAUUUAAUUAAAAUGUC